CACAGCGCGGCGCCGCGGCCCCGGAGCGGCAGGAGGAGCAUGUCGGACGGGUUCGAUCGGGCCCCAGAACAAACGAGACCGCAGGACAGUGUCCCCCAGCAGAACCCGGAGCCGGCGAUGGCCAAACCCCAGGUGGUUGUCGCCCCGGUGUUGAUGUCCAAGCUGUCUGCGAACGCCCCUGAAUUCUACCCUUCGGGUUAUUCCAGCUACACAGAAUCCUAUGAAGAUGGUUGUGAGGAUUAUCCCACUCUAUCAGAAUAUGUUCAGGAUUUUUUGAAUCAUCUGACAGAGCAGCCUGGCAGUUUUGAAACUGAAAUUGAGCAGUUUUCAGACACCCUGAAUGGCUGGGUUACAACAGACGAUGCUUUGCAAGAACUUGUGGAACUGAUCUACCAACAGGCCACAUCCAUCCAAAAUUUCUCCUACAUGGGAGCACGCCUGUGCAAUUACCUGUCCCAUCAUCUGACAAUUAGCUCGCAGAGUGGCAACUUCCGCCAACUGCUACUUCAAAGAUGUCGGACUGAAUAUGAACUGAGAGAUCAAGCUGCCAAGGGGGAUGAAGCAACUCGAAAACGAUUCCAUGCGUUUGUGCUCUUUCUGGGAGAACUUUAUCUUAACCUGGAGAUCAAAGGAACAAAUGGACAGGUUACAAGAGCAGAUAUUCUUCAGGUUGGUCUCCGGGAGUUGCUGAAUACCCUCUUUUCUAACCCUAUGGAUGAUAACCUAAUUUGUGCAGUAAAAUUAUUGAAGUUGACAGGGUCAGUUUUGGAAGAUGCCUGGAAGGAGAAAGGAAAGACGGACAUGGAAGAGGUUAUCCAGAGGAUUGAAAAUGUCGUCCUGGAUGCGAACUGCAGCAGAGACGUAAAACAAAUGCUCUUGAAGCUUGUAGAACUCCGGUCAAGUAACUGGGGUAGAGUCCAUGUCACCUCAACAUACAGAGAAGCAACACCUGAAAAUGAUCCUAACUAUUUUAUGAACGAACCAACAUUUUACACAUCGGAUGGUGUUCCUUUCACUGCAGCUGAUCCAGGUAUCUUGUCUCAUGGUCUUUCCCCCCGUUUUUUGACUACCAAGAGAAAUAUCAAGAGUUGCUUGAAAGAGAAGACUUUUUUCCAGAUUAUGAAGAAAAUGGAACAGAUUUAUCAGGGGCUGGUGAUCCAUACUUGGAUGAUAUUGAUGAUGAGAUGGACCCAGAGAUAGAAGAGGCUUAUGAAAAGUUUUGUUUGGAAUCAGAGCGUAAGAGAAAACAGUGAAGUUAAAUUUCAGCGUAUCAGUUUUAUAAAGCAGUUUAGGUUGUGAUUUAGCAGAACACAGGAAAGCAAGAAAAUGUGUCACACUUAUACCAAAUUAAGGAUGUUGAGUUAUGUUACUAAUGUAUGCAACUUUAAUUUUGUUUAACACUCUCUGCCAAAAUAAACUUUAUUCCCUAUAACUUAAAAUGUGUAUAUAUAUAAAAUAGUUUAUUAUGUACAGUUAAUUCCACUGUUUUGGCUGCAAUAAAGUCGAUUUUGAAAUAAAUGAAAUGUUGAAAGUAAAUUUUGCUAGCUGGUUUAGAAGCUUAUCCUUUAAAUUCGGUUUUUCUUGAGAGAAAAAGUCUUAGACUGGAAAUACAUAUUACUGCAAAAAUGUAGCAUCCUUUUUCUAGAUAUGAGAAUAUGAGUAUAUAACUUUCAUUUAGUUUUACAUGUAGUGUCUCGAAUUGGGUUUCAAGUAUGAGGCACAAUCAUAAAUAUCUCUGGCACUAACGUCUUAGAAUAUAUCAUUAACUGAUUUACAUAUCCAGAUGUUAUUUGAUACCAAGGGCUUUUAAAAUAAAGAGUUAGAACUCCCGACUAUACCACCAAGAUUGUUCACUGAGGAUUUAUUGCAAUUCUAAAUUUUUUUUUCACCUAACUUCAUUAUCUAAAAGCCUAGGAUAUUAUUCUGCUUUAUUUGUGUGGCUUUCUCAUUUUUAUUUAGUGGCAUGAGUUGCAUUGACUUUUUUACUAGAGAAUUUUGCUAGAUCUUUGUCACUCAAGUUUUCAUCUGCUUUAUAAUUGACACACCUUGAGGAUCACUUUUCUAAUACUUUUACUAUAAUGUGGUACCACCUCAGUCCUAUUUUUACCUAAUGUCAAAUCUUUUUCCAACUAACUAAAAGUAACACUUAUGUACGAAAGGACUGCUUGUAACUAUGCAGUAAGUAGUUCUGUUGAUAACCCACUGUUUCACAUUUGGUACCUGUGUCUGCUACUCCAGUU